GGAAAACCAUCAAAGAUGGCGGAUGAUAAUAAGGCUCCGGACGAAAGGUUCGACUUACUGGGGCAAACGAUUGAACAGUUUGUGGAAACAACACGACAAAUAGGGAUUAUUGUGAGUGACUUUCAACCAGGAAGCCAGGGAGUUCUUAAUCAAAAAAUGUAAGUGAUCAGUCCAAUCCUUCGACAUGACACUGUUCGACGACGGUUUAAAGUGACAUUAAAAUGGCUUCAGUGGUUGACAUCUUCUUAAUAUCUUUAACAUCUACCGGCCCCAUAAACGAGGAAAUUAGCCUCCAUACCUUUCGACUUCUUACCAUGUUAGUAUAGAGACUUUUCUCAAUAGUUUCAGCUUUACACCGUUGCGCGUUAAAAGGAUAAGUCUUUAUUUCGGCUGAUCUUCGAUCGCGAGCCAGUCAACUGCCUUAUAAAUGAUAGGCAUAUUGUACUUUUUUGUGGUAAGGAUAUUUCUUAUUACGAGUGCGUACCAUCUUUAUGAAAUAACCCAACAAGUUUGGCAAUAAUUGAAAUGGAACAGUUCAUCCUGGUCGAUUUUUUUCGAAAGCAUUAAAGGUAAUAACUUCCUUCCGAGGUAUUUGGCGCUUUCUAUUCAACCAAAUCUUCCGGUUUGAAUUUCCGGCAACUUCCAGAAGCGAGUGGAACAGGCUUUUCUCGGGUUUGAGAAGGCCUACGGUUAAAAAAACGCUAGAAUAUUUUGGUUUUGGCCCUAGCCUGUUAAAUUGUGUCAAGUGCUUUUACACCAAUGCAGAAAGCUGUGUUCUAAACAAUGGCUGGAGGAAUAGCUUUUUCAAUAUUGAAUGGGGACUGAGACAAGGAUGUCCUCUUUUUAUCCUUUCGGUAGAAAUUCUAGCCAGGGUAAUCACAGGCGUCCCAUGAGCUCAUGUUACGAGUGUGUUAUGUAAAUUAACUUUCUCACAAGAGAGUCUGUGUUGCGUUACAACCGACCAUUGAGAAAUAAAAUACUGAGGUCUGCGAACGCUAAACAUUAUUCUUACUUAUUUUUCUAUAAAAUAUAUAAAGGAGACUUACCUUUGAUGUAUUCCUGUGUUUUUUGGUGGGGAUUCAUCAAUUUAGUCAGCCUUUUUGGCUGUUAUUGUUUGACCCCUGUCACUCUCUUCAUAAUAUAUAGAUUUAGCCAGGGCUAAAAGCGAAGCUCCCGUUAAUAAAUUCAUAAUUUAAAUGAAACAAUAAACUUGCAAUCCACAGAUCUGGGUACAUUCAUGUGACUUUUGAGGCAAAGGCUAAGUGAUUUUAGAGAAAUAUAAUUUGACAGUCCAGGAGUGAAACAAACUUUACAUUGAGUUAGUAGUCUUAUUUGUACACCCAAAAAUAGCAAUCAUGUUCGAUCACAGUAGAUUAGACCUGGAAAGUGUAUUAUAUUUGCAUUAGCUGUUGCAUCAUAAUGUGGCAUUCACCAGUCUCUCCAACAUUGCUCCGUUUGAGAGACUAAUAAUUGGACAACCCUGAAAUAUAAUACUAUGAAGGAACGGUGNGUAAAUACGCUAACAGUGUUUCUCAGUUUUUGUUAUAUUUAUAAAGAUUUUGUUCGACAACUGAAGGCGUUUCCGCCGUCCUUCUGUCAUUUUUGUGCCUGUGAAAUGUCCCUGGGGUGGGGGCAUUUGAUCACCUGAAUGGACCCCAGUGUGGCGCAUUUGAACGGCGUUUUGUCCCGGGUAGGAGAGAAUUUGAACAAUAAUUUUCAAAAAAGUCAAAUGCCCAGGGGGUUGCCUGGGGGGGGCAUGUUGAAGCUUCGAUUUGACCGAUACAUUAUGAGUGUGUUAUGUAAAUUAACUUUCUUACAAGAGAGUCGGUGUUGCGUUACAACCAACCAUUGAGAAAUAAAAUACUGAGGUCUGCGAAUGCUAAAUAUCAUUAUUCUUACUUAUUUUUCUAUAAACUAUAUAAAGGAGACUUACCUUUGAUGUAUUCCUGUGUUUUUUGGUAUGGAUUGAUCAAUUUAGUCAGGUUUUUUGGCUGUUAUUGUUUGACUCCUGUCACUCUCUUCAUAAUGAAAAAUGAAGAGAGUGACAGGGUCAAACAAUAACAGCCAAAAAAACCAACUAAAUCCAUGAAUCCACACCAAAAAACACAGGAAUACAUCAAAGGUAAGUUAGGUUAGAACUAUCUGACUUACGCAACUGGAAAUAUCGCUAAUUGAGAAAAACGCAGUUUUAGAAAGCUUAAUAGUCUCUCAAGCUGUUUAUGUUUCUAUGCGUCCAUGUGUAAAGGAAACAGUGAUCAAAAAUAUACAUGAGCUCUUCUAUUUGUUUCUUUGGAGUGGAAAAAAUGACAAAAUAAUAGGCGACAUAAUCAUGAUAAAUAAUCAUGAUAUAUAACUAUACAGAUGGCGGCUUCAAAAUGGUUGAUAUUGAAUCUUUUAACAAAGCCAAAAGGUGAUAUGUAUUAAAAAAAUUAUUGUAUCUGCUGGAAAUUUUCCGUACCAUUCGAGGCAGAUUCCAAAAGUUCAUAAGCUUUGGUUGAACAGAAAGCACCCAUAAUUUGCCUUUUUCUCACGUUUACUGAAUUCCUGGAGAUUUCCGUACCAUUAACCAGUACCAAGCUAUUUUCGAGGGAAUAAGUUCAGAAAAAAUUCUGAGCUCCAAACAAGAGUCAAACUCAUAAACCUCUAAUAUUUCUCGAUCCAAUGCUCUUACCAUGGCCCUACUGGAACUCUAUGACAGGCAGGGUCAAANGAUCAAAAAUAUACAUGAGCUCUUCUAUUUGUUUCUUUGGAGUGGAAAAAAUGACAAAAUAAUAGGCGACAUAAUCAUGAUAAAUAAUCAUGAUAUAUAACUAUACAGAUGGCGGCUUCAAAAUGGUUGAUAUUGAAUCUUUUAACAAAGCCAAAAGGUGAUAUGUAUUAAAAAAAUUAUUGUAUCUGCUGGAAAUUUUCCGUACCAUUCGAGGCAGAUUCCAAAAGUUCAUAAGCUUUGGUUGAACAGAAAGCACCCAUAAUUUGCCUUUUUCUCACGUUUACUGAAUUCCUGGAGAUUUCCGUACCAUUAACCAGUACCAAGCUAUUUUCGAGGGAAUAAGUUCAGAAAAAAUUCUGAGCUCCAAACAAGAGUCAAACUCAUAAACCUCUAAUAUUUCUCGAUCCAAUGCUCUUACCAUGGCCCUACUGGAACUCUAUGACAGGCAGGGUCAAAUCCACUGAUGUUGCUUUUCUGGUACAUUUCAUUUUUCUUUUGUUCUAAAACAUGGUACAGCAACCAUUCUAAAAUGGAAUAAUUCCAUUUAGAAUGGUUGCUGUAUGUCUCAAAGAAUUACUCUUUAAGACAUAUUUUUCCAAUCGUUUACAAAAUCUCAGUGAAUUCUCACUUUAUGCCAUAAUCAUUGUGCUAGGGAAAAACAGCCAUUCCUUAGAUGUUUCCCUUUACUGCCCCACAUUGGCAAAUUUAUUAUGAAUACACCUUAUUAUGGGAGGAAAUUAAUGAUUCAUAAAAUUAAUGCAAUUUAAGUCGUGUUGAUUUUUGUAAAGAUUACUUCCUUGACAUUAAUUAAGUGAAGUGUUAUUAAAUUUCUGCGACCUUAAUUUCCAUUUUUUUGGCCCCAAAUUCUUGAUACACUUUUGAAAUACUUGAUGCUCGUAAGAGGAGUAUUUCAUCAGGGUGGAGAUCUACCAGUAUCAGGGAAACUGUGAAUAACCCUCAAAGUGGCCAGAUUUCUUCACUCAAGCACUUUGUAGUGUAUGGAAAGUACCACGAACAAAGUUUCUAUUUCAAAUUAUAGGUUUAACUUUUUCUCUGUUAUGUCACCAAGUUUUGUUUUUUGGGAAAUGUCGCAUUAAUUUCCUUCAAGUUGAAAUGUUACCCUCUCUUUCGUGUCAAUUUCAUUUAUUCAAAAUUUGUUUUCCAGUAAAUUGGCAUUAAUUUCCAAUAUCUUAUUUUUAUGUAACAUUAAUUUCCUAUAAUAAGGUAUAGAUGAUAUCCUGUGUCCUCAGAGUGUCCUUAUUGGGUUUUAGUAAAAUCCAGCUAGUGGUCUAUUAUCAAUGCUGCAUUCUGAUUGGCUGAGCUACAACUAGGCUAUAUGUUAUAGCCCACUAGUAGCAAAAGCGCUGGCUUUUUGGCGGCAAAAAAGGAUUAAAGUGUAGCUUUAACUAGCUAAAAGUUUUUUAUUCUGGAUAUUUUUGACCAACUAGUCGGAUUUUACUAAAACCAUUAUUCCUUUCGCCCUCAUGGCCUCCGAGUCAAUAGCCCAUUCGGCCUUCGGCCUCAAGGGAUAUUGACUCAGAGCCCAGUCGGGCUCGAGGAAUAAUUGUUAAAUACCACCUUGAUAAUAAUGAUAAUAUUGUGGUUAGGUCACUUAUUUAACUAUUGUUUUUUCUUUAGAAAUGCAAUGAUUGACAACAUGAGGGAAAUUGAAAAGUGCAAAGCUCAUGUUCAAGAUGUUGAAGUCCCAUUAGAAGUGUUCGAGUAAGUACUGUUACUUCCCCUCAAUCCAAAUAUGUUUUGAACUCAAAAGGAGACAGUUUUAUGAGCCAUGUUCAGCCCUAGUGUGCAUUUCUCAAAACUCCUGAAGAGGUUUUAGGCCUGGAAAGUGAUUUUUCUCAUCUACGUCGUAUCAGCCCAGGGAUGUUUUUUGCAAUGUAGGCAAACAUAUCCCUUGAUCUUGUAAAGUUUUCAAAUUUUUCCCUUUCAGGACCAAAGUUGCUGUAGUGUUUUUAAGAAAUGCAUACAGAGUUUCACAGCACCUUUUAAUGCGUGAAAGUAUGAAUGGUCUGAAAAGGAUUAUAGGACACAAUACUCAUUUUGUCAGCCUGUUUUACAAGUCUGAAACUAUGUACAACUCUUUAAAAAAGGAACUUUGGGAUCUGGUGGUCCAGAUUCAAGACAUGUCACCACGUGAAGCCAUGAAAGGAUUCAACCCAUGAGUCAUUUCACAUGUAUGUUGAGUAUUAUCAUCUGGGUGAAGGUAGUCUUGAAUAGGAGUGUUGUUGACAGUGACUGACAUUUCAACAAGCUGUGCGGUAGUCAUCUUCAGCUAGAGUCAAAGUGACUUGUCGCCAUGUUGUUUUAAUCUUAGACAAGGAACUUCUGCUGUCAAAAAUGCAAUAACUAACUCAUGUUUCCUAAGAAGAAUCACUCCUUAAUUUUCAUUCUCUGAAAAUAUAUAUCACUAUUAUUAUUAUUAUUAAUUGUUACCUCACUCUGCCAGUUCACUUGUUUCCUUAUUGUAUUAACAAUGUUCUACUGCGUAUUUGAAUGUGUGCAGGUACAUUGAUCAAGGAAGGAACCCUCAGUUGUAUACAAAAGACUGCAUAGAAAAAGCACUUGAAAAGAAUCAGCAAGUAAAUGGAAAGAUAGAUGCGUAUAAGGUGGGUGUACAUAGUUUCACAUCAAUGUGGCAUGAGGAAACAGCCAACAUUUCAUGAUGCCACCACUGGUUGCCCAGUGAAAUGAUGUCUGAGCAGGGGCAGAUCUAGGGAGAGGGUGCAGGGGGUGGGUACCCUCCCCAGCAAUACAACCAGUAUUCUACAAAUAAAAAAAAAUUUCUAGGGUAUUGGUGUUGAAGUAAAACAUGAGACGAGGUUGAAGAAGAAUAUUAUUAAAGGCUGUGAAAAUGUCAGUUUGGCACUGUAGUCUGCUGUAUUGAUAUGUAUUGUCAGAAGUUGACAAUAUUAUAUUGCCUAGACAAAAGCCUUCUUCUUCAUAUUCCUUUUUUUUUGUCACGCCAUUCCUAAGUGGUGCACCCACUCCUAAGAAGAAUCGUCGAUCCUUCCCUGCUCAGGAACUAGUGCAGAAAUUCCAAUAUGAUAUUGCCUAGACAAAAACCUUCUUCAUAUUCGUAUUCUUUGUCACACCAUUCCUAAGUGGUGCACCCGCUCCUAAGAAGAGCCGUGGAUCCUUCCCUGCUCAGGAACAAGUGCAGAAAUUCCAAUACGAUAUUGCAGAGACAAAAGCCUUCUUCUUCAUAUUCGUAUUCUUUGUCACGCCAUUCCUAAGUGGUGCACCCGCUCCAAAGAAGAAUCCUGGAUGCUCCCCUGCUGAGGAACAAGUGCAGAAAUUCCAUACUGAUGAUGUGUCAUAACCAGAUCUGGUUAUGGUACUGUGCUUCUGAUUGUUCAUACUAUGAGGACAAUUUGCUUCAACCCAUCAGAAGCACCUCUCAGAUCUGGGUAGUGAGACGUCAUCAGUAUGGAAUAUUUAUGUGUACUCAUUCUUCAGAUGUCAUUUUGCUGGGAAACCAGUGUUGGCAUCACAAAAUGUUGGCUGUUUUCCCAGGGUAACAGUUGUGUUGUUGAAUAGCCUGCGUAGCAGGUGCUAGGAAUAAAUGGGCUCAGGUGUCUCCUUCGUGUGCCCCAUUCUUUCUUGCACCCUUCUAUUCCUAGCGCCUGCUAUGCAGGCUAGUUGUUGAACUUAAAAUAAAACUUAAACAAGUGCAUGGGAUAAGGCCUUUAAUGACAUUGAUCUUAUGUCAAAUUCCUUCUCUAUUUUACCAUCAAAUACAGUCAAACCUCUACUAAAUGCUAUCUCUCCACAACAACCUCUUUUGUGGUCGUUGUGGAGAGGAUCGACUGUACACAGAAGUAGGAAAUGAGAUUCAAGCAAUUGUUCAGAAAACAGUUAGGACUUUUCCAGUCACCUUUUCAUUCAAAAUAAAAAUUAAUAAUAUUUGUUACUAUCCCCCUUAAUUCUUUCAGAUUGUUGAAUUAUUCACCAAUCUAUUUGUUCUGCCUUAAAUUUCCAUAAUCAAAAGUUUGGAGUUACAGCUGUAUUUGAUUUAUCACUGGCUGGUUCCAGCUUCACAGACCUAUGGCUACCACCAUAUCCAUAUUUCUUCCUUCACUUAUUUUCUUUUAGAAUUUCAAGUCACUCUUGGUGGAUGAACUUUCAAAGCAUUUUCCGUUCCUUUAG